UUCAUUCACAAUGCUCGGGCUCAGAAUUGCGCUCGUUGCGUCGAUCGAUCUCCGACCCCAGAACUCCUCCUCGUCCUGCUGCAGUGCCAGUGCCAGUGCUUCGAUUCCCAGGGCAGCAGCGACUCUCCACCCAAUUCUGCAAUUUAAUCGGAGAGAAGUACGAGCAGCAGCAGCGUCCGGGGCUUUGACAGAGGGAGAAAUCAUGGUGAAGGCCAAGUCACUCCAAGUGACGAAGUUCGGUGGCCCUGAGGUAUUGCAGUUUGAGGAUGUUGAAGUGGGCGAACCUGCCGAGGGCCAGGUGCGAAUCCGACAGACUGCCAUAGGUCUGAAUUUUAUCGACAUUUAUUAUCGCGAGGGAAAAUACACGGCUCCCACUCCAUUUGUACCAGGAGUGGAGGCAGUAGGGGUGGUGACAGCAGUCGGCCCCGGAUUAACAGGACGACAAGUCGGAGAUCGGGUGGCCUACAUGGGAGUUCUGGGGGCCUACACGGAAGAGCGACUCAUCGCUGCUGACAGACUUGUCCCGGUACCCAGCAGCAUCAAUGAUGUGACUGCUGCUGCACUCCUGCUCAAGGCAGCAACUGCUCAGUGUCUUCUGCGUCAAGUAUUCAAGGUUGAACCAGGUCAUGUUAUUCUGGUCCAUGCAGCUGCUGGUGGAGUCGGUUCACUAUUAUGUCAGUGGGGUAGUGCCCUGGGUGCCACUGUGAUUGGUGUUGUCUCAACCGAGGUGAAAGCUGCCCAAGCCAAAGAAGACGGUGCACAUCAUGUCCUGAUUCAGUCUGAGGGUGAUUUUGUCGAGAAGGUGAAACAAAUCACGAACGGUGAAGGAGUCCACGUUGUGUAUGAUUCUGUCGGAAAGGAUACAUUCCUGCAAUCGUUGGCGUGCUUACGAGCACGGGGUUGCAUGGUCAGCUUUGGACAAUCAUCUGGAUUUCCAGAACCUUUCACCAUGUCAGUACUAGCGAAAGGGUCUUUGUUUCUGACGAGACCUACUGUAAUGGACUACACACGCACCAGAGAUGAACUACUGACGUGCGCGGGUGAGGUCUUCAGUGCACUAGCUGGGGGUAUUAUUAAAGUCAGGGUAAAUCAGACAUAUCCAUUCUCAGCAACCGCCCAAGCGCAGAAGGACCUUCAAGAACGGAGAACAACUGGCUCCACUGUUCUUAUCGUGGAUAGCACUGCAACUGAUGCUGCGAAGGUCUAGUGGUGUAGUAAAUUACUCCAUGUACUUGCGGAUUUUUCCGUCGCCUGUUUACGUGAGCUUGUCGAUUAGGCACCUGUAAAACCAUGCGUUGAUUUCGUGACUCACCUUUGGAUCUAAGAUUCACUUCUUACAGCGGCUUCAGAUUUUUGUAACGAGUUCGAGUCCUGAAAUGUGUCUAGGCAAAGGGUUUUAGUACUCGCACCUUGAUCAUCGAGUUUAUGUCGAUAAUUUUGUUCUUGGUUAGGAAAUUGUUAAUAAAAGUUAUCGUUUUGUUUCCUCCAUGCCAUGGCCCGGGUCUGCAUGUGGAAGGUUUGCCAAAACAUUGAAACUUUCAAGAGAAGGAUGAUUGAUAUACCAAGAUAGAUACAAAUUUCUCCGGCUUUAGGCUUCCGACACGGUGCCAAUGUAUUCUUUCCAACCUUCUGGUUGCUUUGCG